CUGUCAAACUUUGUUAUUUUUUUAAAUAUUGAAACCUGAUCCAACAAUCAAGUAGAUCUCUCCAAGACUCGAGCCCACUUCCCACUUAUACAGUCUAGUUCUCCAACCCAACACUAUACUCUGAUAUCACAUCAAAGCUCCGUGACUAAGUUUGCCACGUUUUAAUGAUUCAUUAGUCCGCGGGGGCAAAGAGAUCGAGGAAGGUGAUAAUGGAAUUUUGGCCAGAAUUUCUUGCUAGUAGUACGGGUAAAGAGUUUGUGGCUGGAGGAUUUGGAGGCACUGCUGGUAUAAUCUCAGGUUACCCAUUAGACACGCUCCGUGUGAUGCAACAAAGCUCCAACAAUGGCUCUGCUGCCUUCACCAUCCUCAGAAAUUUGGUGGCCAAGGAAGGACCAACUGCUCUGUACCGUGGCAUGGCUGCACCUUUGGCCUCUGUUACAUUUCAGAACGCUAUGGUUUUCCAAAUUUACGCAGUUCUCUCUAGGGCAUUUAGCACGUCCGUUUCUGUCAACGACCCUCCUUCCUACAAGGGUGUUGCUUUAGGAGGAUUUUGCUCUGGCGCUUUGCAGAGCAUGCUGCUCUCCCCUGUUGAGUUAGUUAAAAUUCGCCUUCAGCUUCAGAACACAGGACAAUCCACAGAACCACAAAAGGGUCCCAUAAAGGUCGCCAACAACAUAUGGAAAAGAGAGGGUCUUCGUGGCAUUUAUCGAGGACUUGGCAUCACUAUGCUAAGAGAUGCACCUGCACAUGGCCUCUACUUUUGGACAUAUGAAUAUGCAAGGGAGAAACUUCACCCAGGUUGUAGAAGAAGUUGUCAAGAGACCUUGAAUACUAUGUUGGUAUCAGGAGGAUUGGCUGGGGUUGUGAGUUGGGUUUUUAGCUACCCUUUGGACGUUAUAAAGACAAGAUUGCAGGCUCAGACACUUUCUUCGCGGAAAUACAAAGGCAUUUUGGAUUGUCUUCGGAAGAGCGUUGAAGAGGAAGGAUACGUUGUGCUAUGGCGGGGUUUAGGAACUGCGGUUGCUAGAGCCUUUGUUGUGAAUGGUGCUAUAUUUUCUGCUUAUGAGAUCACUCUUAGGUGUCUGUUUGACAAAUAAAUAAUACCUGCAUUCAAAUGUAGGGAGCAAUCAAGGGCUGCAAAUCAGGUUUUGAGGGAUACGUGACAAUGGGAUACCACAUUCCCAGUUGCAUGUCUUUUCGAAAUUGUCAUUCAGAUAUGGUAUUUGAUAACUUGAUGUAAUUGCCAAAUGCCAAACAUAUUCAUUCACAUUCAAAAAAAAAAAAAAAGAGGGAUUACACUA